AUGGAACACACAUUUGAGGAGAAUAUUCUUGGAUUUGAACACAAAGAAGUUAUAUUGGGCAUUGAUGAGGCUGGAAGAGGCCCUGUAUUGGGGCCUAUGGUAUAUGCAUGCCUAUUUUACCCUAAAGAGAAUGAGGAUUUGUUAAAAAAAAUUAAUGUUGAUGAUUCCAAAAGACUAUCAUCUCAAAACAGGGAUAAAAUUUAUGAUAAAAUAAAAAACUUGAAAGAUAAAUUUGGUUGGAGAAUUCAUAUAAUGUCACCAGAAUAUUUAAGUUGUGAAAUGCAUAGGAAAAAAAAAAACAAUUUGAAUGAGAUAUCUCAUUUGGCAGCCAUUAGUAAGUUUAUACAAAUUAAUUAUUAUAUCUUCAUGCUGUUAGAUUUAAUAAAGUACGUAAUUAAUAAUAAAGUUAAUGUCAAGGAAAUCUACAUUGAUACAGUUGGACCACCCGAUUCCUAUAGAAAUAAAUUGAUUAAUAUUUUUCCGGGUAUUAAUAUUACUGUAAAGCCAAAGGCCGAUUCACUAUUUCCUUCUGUAAGUGGUGCAUCUAUUUUGGCAAAGGUUAAAAGAGACGAUAUCCUUUCGAAUUGGUGGGGGCAAACGUCUAUUGAAUGUUGCGAUUUUAAUGGUAAUAAAAUUAGUAAUUAUGAACAGGGCAGUGGAUAUCCAGGCGAUCCAAAAACAAGGGAAUUCCUCAGGCGUAUCUUCGAUCCCAUAUUUGGAUUCCCAAAUAUUGUCCGCUUUUCUUGGUCAACAGCAAGUGAAAUAAUAGAAAAAAGUGGGUAUUCAGUUACAUGGGGGGAGAAUGAAUUAAAUAAUAGCCAGCAGAAAAUAGAGUUUAAUAGGCCUCAAAAAAAUUGUAAGUUGUUUAUUUUCUGA